GACUCGGGCCUGGAGACGGAGACCCGCCCUGACCAGCGUUCCUCUGAGUCAGGCCUCCAUUUGCCAAAUCCUCCCUGUUUCCACUGGCAUGGAGCCCUGGAGGGGGCAUCCGUCCGUACCCCACCUGGGGGGGGACAGGCACCCCAUGCUGAACCUGAACCGCCGCCUGGAGACCUACCUGGGCCGGGUCCAGCUCCUGGAGGAGGAAAACGCGCUGCUGGCCGGAGAGAUCCGGGGCCUGAGACGCGGCGAUCGGGGGGCCUCGGCCCGGAGGGGGGCCCUGGAGGAAGGUCUGCGGCGGGCGAGGCUGGAGGCGGACGCCGCCUGGAGGGAGAGGGUCCACGCCGAGCUGGAGGCGGGCAGGGCGGCAGAGGAGCUCCACGCCCUGGAGCUGCAGAGGCAGGAGGAGGCGCGGGCCCGGGCGGAGGCCAGGAGGGAGCUGGAGGAGAGCAGGAAGCAGCUGGAGGAGGAACAGCGGGCUCACGUCUGGCUGAGGGAGAAGGUCGGCGAGCUGGAGCAAGAGAUCAGACACCUGGUUGGAACCCAUCGGGAGGAGGUGGCCCACUUGGAGGCCGCGUUCACCAGGUCCAGAGCCGCAAGGGGCCCCGCGUUGCCUCAGAGGGGCCCCCAGGCUCUGGACCUCCUGCAGCUGGGGCAGGAGUACUCCCUAAGGGCCUCCAGGGCCUGGCAGGAGGCAGCUGAGGCCCAUCGGGGGCAGUUCAGUCGGCUCGAGGAGUCACUCAGCGAGGCCAGGGGCCGCUUGACCCGAGUGUGUCGGGAGAGGAGCGAGAGCCAGCUGAAGCUCUGGGCCCUGGAGAAGGAGACGACGUCGGCUCGCCACCUCCGGACCCUCCUGGAGACGACCGCUGCCCAGCGGGCAGAAGGACACAGCCAGGAGAUCCAGCACCUCCAGGAGCGCUCGGCCCGCCUGCAGGCUGAGAAGCAGGAGCUGGACCAGCAGAUGCAUCUCCUUCUCCUGCAGAGCCGAGGCCUGCAGCAGCACCAGGCGUCUCUGGGCCUGGAGGUGGUGACGUACAGAGCUCUGCUGAAGAGCGGGGGCCUCGGGGGAGACGUCCCUUUGCUCCUCGGGGGAGACGUCCCUUUACUCCUGGGGGGAGACGUCCCUUUGCUCCAUCGGCGGAGACACAUUUGCAUCACAGAUGUAGUUCCUGGUCCUUGGGGGGUAAAAACAAAUCACAAGACCCAGCUGUCCGCGGGCCACAGGACCACUUCCCUCCCGUCUGUGGGUGGAAGAGGGCCAACGGCGAUCUGGAGCAGAACACCCGCAACCCGCGCGGAACCUCCAAAGACGACCUGGAGUCUCCAGACUUCUGAAACCACGUAUCCCAAAAUCGUGCAGGACGGAGCCGUGGAAAGUUUCAGACCGCAGGAGGUUCACGAGGAAGUCACCUAUGCUGAGCCUCUAUCGCCUCCCAACGAGCAGGAGCCCGAAACAACAGCAGGCGACACGGAAGGAGACGAGGACUGGGACGAAGAGUCCGGCCUCGGCACGCAGCCCCCCCCCAGUGAUGAAAUAAGGGAGCUUCAGACCACACCCAACAGCACACUGCGCUCUGUCACAAUGACACGGGAGGCCUGUGGUUUCUCAGAUGGAGAUGCGCCUCCUCAAAUUACUGCGUGGCCACAAGAGGAGUUUAUAGGCAGAGCAGGAGAGCGAGUGCAGGAGGAAACAGAGGAGGUGAUCGAACCAAACUCUGAUUCCAGGACCAGUCGACCGAUGUCUGACUGGGAACCGGAAGAGAGCUUGUUCGACAAAACUGGAAACAUCUCGAAGGAGGAUGCAGCUGAGAUGAGGCAGGAAGUGAGCUGUGCUAUAGAUAGAAACAAUGGCUCAGAGAUCGAGGAUAAGUUGUACCCUGAUGGGGAAGAGAUGGAUACAUGGGACAGUGUAAUGGAGAGGAAGGUUGAUCUGAAGACUGGGAAGGGCACCACAAAUGAUGAAGAAAAAGGACAACGCGCUGAACCAGAGGAAGAUAUAUCAGCAAGAGAACAAAAGCACGAAAAGACUGGAAUUGGGUCUGAUUUCGCCGCGAGCGUUGACCAACACAACGAGACGUCUUCAAAGACGGACACACAAGGAGACGACGAACAGCGCGGACUUUUCCCCGGCAGCGAACAAGACGAUGAUGAGGAGGAUUCCCAAAAUGUCUCCGUGUCGUGGAGGACCGAGCUGGAGAGCGACAGCUACGCUCAGGAUAACACGCUCGCCGACACCACGCCUCUGAUUCGAUACAAGAGCGACGAGACGGACGCCGUCGCGCAGGCGCCACGCGAGGACGAGAGCGACUCCAGCGAGGGCGAGCAGGAAAGGAAGUUUGGAGAGACGGCGACGUGGAGCGAAGGCAAGUCCAAGACAUUUGGAACUAUGGAGGAUCUGUGCGAAGAGUUGGAAGGGGAGGAGUACGAUCUGGGAUCCUCUCCUGUUGGGGGUCACAAUGCGGGAGGAACCGCCAGCGGGGGACAAUCGGAUGCAGAAACCGAAGAACUUUCCAAAUCCACGACGCCCACGGACAUUUGUCACGGUGACGAGUUGGAGACGGACCGGCUUGUGGAACAGGAAUUAGAGAACCUCGCCACCGAGAGUUACAGCGCUCACUUCGCUCAGCAUCAGGUCCGUGAGAGCGAGGACAGAAAACAUCUGCAGUCCAUCGACGGAAAGCCCGAGCAGGAAGAGGCUGGAAUGACUCGCUUCACAGAGCCGGACGCCAGAGUUCACCGGCAACUCGCACCUUCCUCUACUUUCACCGAUCCACCGCACGAGAACCUGUGUGUCUGCGACCCGCCAGUUGGAAUCACUCUGCCGCGCGCGGAGGUGCAGGAGGACGAUCACAACGCCUCCGACGUUACAGAAAAGCACCCCGGCUUCGCAGACCCCAUCGGCGGGUCGGAAGAGAUCAACAUCUCAGAGGGUCCAAAGUCUGAAGUGAAAGUCGUUCAUCCAGCGGAGGAAUCAAGUGCAUCUCAUGAACAUUGAGCGCUCAGAAAGAUCUGUGGCUGCGUGGAGAUGCAGCAGAGCUCGUUGGUUCUGACGAAUCCGACGUUGAGGGUCAAUCGUGGUCGUCUGGGGAGGAGCCGAUAUGAACAUUGAUGGGAAGUUGGAUUGAUUGAUUGAUGUAAUGUUAGACUUGUUACGUUGUAAUCAUUGUGCAACUGUUCUGCUCAGGAAUUUGUAAAACCGUUGACGUGUGAAACGGCCUUGCAACCAUCGUUGCUGCAUCUCUCCGACAUGAAGGGAAUAGCAACUCCAUGUACAUUUACUGUCUGUUACUUCGCCACGCCCGCACGCACACACGCACACACACACACACACACGCAUGGACAAUACUGUUAAGUGACCAGCUUGCUAAAUUCCUCGUACUGUGAAGUGCUCUCUGGUGAAAUCAGCAAGAAUCGUGGUUUCCGUACUACGACCCAACGAAUCACACCUUUACUGUGACGCACAAGUCGUGUCUUGCACCUCGGUGACACAAACCACCAAAGUGCCGAUUCUGACCUUUGGUCUGAUGCCUUUGAUCAACAAUUUGUUCUUCUAACCUAAUCGUUCAAACUCUUUUAGCAUGCAUGCAUCCGAGGGAGAGAUCAGAAGGUCAUUUGAAAGCGUCAUUCUACCGACUGAUGGAAAUCAAUGAGACCAGAAGGGACCAUUCUUCCUCCAUAUAGUCACACAAACAGCUUGUGUUUCUGCACGGUCCUUUUGAUGCACAAUACCUGACCCAGCUCUACAUGCACGGAAUCAAUGGAUGCAAAUGAUUCCCAUCGAAAAGGAAAAGUCACCGGCUUUGUUUGCAUUUUAUUGGUCUGUAUUCAGCUGAUUGUAUUCUGGAAGGUUUUUGCUAUGUACAUUUGCAGUCCAUAA